UAAGGGUGGGAAACAGCCGGACGGCCGCUCCUGGAGACGCAUUCUCUGCCGCGCUUAGGCGGUCACAAGACUUGGACAUCGGUGAACAAAAAACAUCGACACGCUGACAGGUCAGCUGUACGCUUGCAGGCCCACAGAUUCUUCUCUUCUCUUCAUCCAACAUCCAACAAGUUGGUCCAUUUUGAAAACUACUCUCUUGCGCGCUGCCGCGUCACAGCCUUUCUCGUUUAUUUUUUCAGUGGGAAUUUCAGUGGAGCUCUUUUUUUAGAUGUAAAACCAUUACUCUAUCUGGAAAGGUUCGUUCCCGUUUGGAGUUGAAUAGUCCUGCAAAACUACAUUUAGUAAUGUUUUGGUGCGUAAAGGGGGGGCGCGCGCCAAAGUGAGCGAAUGCCACUGGAAGAAGCUGCACCAAAGAUGUCAACAUUGCUUUACCACCCACUCGAAAUCGAUUGUAUUACCUUCAAGAAGGUGGCUCCUCGUAUAAAUAGGGACGCAUUAUUUCAAGAAAGACGGUGGUGAGCACAAUCUACUGGCUGUUCUCUCUCUCUCCUCUCGGGACCACAGACAACGCCUGGAAACAUUUGCUGAAGACAAGUGUGUCCACUCUCCAGGACAUAAGCAUCUUUAACUCCUAAACUAACAGUGAAGUCAUGCAGGUGGAGGGGAAAUGGCACAUACUGUUGACUAUCUUCUUUCUGCUCAUCACCUCGGGUCAGUGUAUGGAUAGUAAGGAUGUCAAGCAGAAAGAAAGAAGGACCCUGUUGGAUCUAAUCUUGCAGGUUAUCAGAGACAGCCAGCAACGGGACAAAGCCGUCUCCAGGCGCUGUAGCAGUGGACUCUUCACUUCAGCCCAAGACAUGAAGUUCUCCUCCCAUGAAAAGCCUUUCUAUGUUCCUAGGCUGGAUAACAGUAGACUCAUAGAAAUUGUUCCUAGAGAUGUAAACAUGAAAGGCAAAUUCAUUCAGCAUUUCACAGCAGGACCAGUCAAGUUCUCAUCGGAGUGCAGAACACACUUUCAUAGACUUUAUCACAACACGAGGGACUGCUCAAGACCAGCAUAUUACAAAAGAUGUGCAAGAUUGCUAACACGAUUAGCAAUGAGUCCACUCUGCAUGCAAUCGUAGAUACUGUAUGUGAGUCCAAAAAUAAUGGAAGAGGGAGUAAUGUGUUGCCAAGGAAGUGCCUUCAAAUCCACAGCAGUCAUAUGAACAAUGUUGUGUUAUAGUGUUUCUAUUUUUGUUGUUCUUGUCAUGACGGAAAAUGCUGAUGGACAUUCUUUUUUUUUUUAAUGGAUUUGCUUUUUAUUUUACAUGUCUGUACCAUAGUAUUUGUAAGGAAGCAUUAUUUAAUAUUAAAUAUACCUAUUUAUUGAGAGGGUAUGUAUAUAAUUUCACAAUCAGUCAAACUCAGAUUAUUUUGAUUAUAAAAGUUACUUCUGAUGGAGAGGACGCUCUUAUUUGUUUUGUUUUUUUCUUCUCCAUAUAUAUGAAUCCUCUUCCACCAUUGGCCUGAGAGCUCUGUCAUUGUCUUCAUUGCAUUUUAUUUGGCACUUGAGUGAUUGCUGACAAUGAGAAUAUAUGGAAUGACAACAGUGGUGAUAAUACACUGCAGUAUCGAACAAUAAAGAAUAUU